ACCGGAAGUUCCGCGAGAAGACAGGAACAACAAAGAGGAGAAAGUGCCCGGGUUUUAAAUGCACUAAAGACCACGCCACAAAUCAACACCUACAAACAAACAGCUGCAUGUAACAGAUUUGAAGAACUUCAUCACAGUUGGCCAUGGCGAACAAUGCUGAAGAUGUUGAAAAUAACAUGGACCAACAGGAGACCAGUGCUUCUCCAGAACCAGCCCCCCCACGGCCUUCCGAGUCCGGGCUGAGAUCCAGAGGAGGGUCUGGGGCGGGUGACAGAGGUGGAGGAGGAGGUGAUGGAGGAGGGGGAGGAGGGGUGGAGGGUCCAGAGCAGAACGGACAACCCCCAGCGGUGACCAACCCUCCUCGUGUGGUGGAGGCCGAGGAGGAAGAGGACGAAGAGAUGACCCUAAAAUACGGAGCCAAACACGUCAUCAUGCUUUUCGUUCCCGUGACGCUGUGCAUGGUGGUCGUCGUGGCAACCAUCAAGUCUGUGAGCUUCUACACCCAAAACGAUGGACAGAGGCUAAUCUACACUCCGUUCCCAGAGGAUACAGAAACAGUGGGGCAAAGAGCGGUGAACUCCAUUUUGAAUGCCACCAUCAUGAUCACCGUCAUCAUCGUCAUGACACUGGUGCUGGUGCUGCUCUACAAGUACCGCUGCUACAAGGUGAUCCAAGGCUGGCUGUUCCUUUCCUCUCUCCUUUUACUGUUUUUCUUCUCCUACAUCUACCUCAAGGAGGUUUUUAAGACCUACAACUUGGCGAUGGACUUCUUGACGAUUGCAUUGAUAAUCUGGAACUUUGGCGUGGUGGGUAUGAUGUGUAUCCACUGGAAGGGCCCCCUGAGACUGCAGCAGGCCUACCUCAUCAUGAUCAGCGCCCUUAUGGCUCUGGUCUUCAUCAAGUACCUGCCCGAGUGGACCGCCUGGCUCAUACUUGCAGUCAUCUCUGUUUAUGAUUUGUUGGCAGUGCUCUGUCCCAAAGGUCCUUUGAGGAUCCUCGUGGAGACGGCUCAAGAGAGGAACGAACCCAUCUUCCCGGCGCUCAUCUACUCUUCAACAAUGGUGUGGCUUGUGAACAUGGCUGACACUGAUGGACCUACAAGGAACUCAACAGGAUCUGCAUCUCAACAGGAAGCUCAACCAGCUGUGGCGUCUCCAGAACCCUCCACCCCAUCCCAAGACGACGGGGGUUUUACGUCGAACUGGGUCAGUCAGCAGGAACACCAGCUUGGCCCUCUCCAGUCCACAGAGGAGACACGGAGGGAGAUACAACAGAUGCCCUCCGCACGACCCCCACCUGAUGAUGACGAGGAAGAGCGGGGUGUCAAACUAGGACUUGGAGACUUCAUUUUCUACAGUAUGCUGGUGGGAAAAGCCUCAGCGAAUGGAGACUGGAACACAACGUUGGCCUGUUUCGUCGCCAUACUUAUUGGCCUGUGUCUGACCCUCUUACUCUUGGCCAUCUUUAAAAAAGCCCUCCCCGCGCUCCCCAUCUCCAUAUUCUUCGGUCUGGUUUUCUAUUUCGCCACAGACAACUUGGUACGGCCCUUUAUGGACAAACUGGCCCUUCAUCAGUUCUACAUUUAGCAGGACUCUGGCCCUGAAACCCACCUCACCUCAACACAACGUACACUGCUCUCUCUCUCUCUCUCUCGCUAACUCAACCCUAACUCAACUCAACAACAUGAGAGCGCCCCCUGCAGCCUGGAGGGGAAAAGACAUUGGUGCGGUGUAUGGACCCAUCCCGCUGCCACAUCUGUCUGAGAGAAUUGAUUGGAAUACAAGUUUUCGUUGAUCCUUUUCUUUUUGGCACGAUUGUUGUUAAUUUUAGAUUUUAAAUGACUUUUUUUCAAGGUCCGAGAGGUAACUACCGGAUUUGAUUUUUGGUUGACAAGAUCUUGUGGGAUCCAAUACUAAAUAUUGGGAGUGUUUUACUAUUAUUUAACAAGGGAGACUUUAUAAAGGCUACUCCCUGUGCUUCACAACCACCAAUUCAUUUCGGGGAAUCGAACCAUUUCUUUCUACUGUCGGCAAGUGAGCGGCUCUACUAAAGCGUGUGGGGGUUUGAAGUAGGUGCUUUGCUCAGGGACACUCUGGCGGUAAAGCUGUUAAAACAAAGGGAGACCAUUCCAUUGAGUCUUUCCUUAAAAAUGUAAUAACUUUUCACUAUUCAAA